AUGCUGUCAUUGAGCUGUACAGAUUCAUGGCCCAAGGGCUCAGUGAGGCUGGAGGAAGAAGUAGUCAGUCCUGCUACAAAGGCCAAGGACCAAAUCGAAAGCAGUGAUUUCAAAAUCAGCAGUUCUGACAACCUGGAUGAUAGCCUGACCAAUCUGCAGUGGUUACAAGAGUUCUCUAUCCUCAGUGCCAAUGGAAGGCAACAAGUGAUUUCUACUAACCAACAUCAAAGAAACCUCCUUGAGCAACAGAUGAGUGGAGAAGCCCCCACAUCUCCUCUCGCAGGUGACCUUGCCUCUAUAGGCAUGCCACUGACCCCUGGUAAGCCCACAGCAACAGCAGUUCCUGCCCUGUGCACUCUUCCCAGCUUGGUUGCACAUGGACACUGCCCAGAUGAAGUUGACUACAAGACAAACCCUCAUGUCAAGCCACCAUACUCAUAUGCCACCCUCAUUUGUAUGGCUAUGCAGGCAAGCAAGAAAAACAAAAUCACACUCUCCUGUAUCUAUAAAUGGAUCACUGACAACUUCUGUUACUUCCGCCAUGCUGACCCCACCUGGCAGAAUUCCAUCCGGCACAAUCUCUCACUGAAUAAAUGCUUCAUAAAAGUACCAAGACAGAAGGAUGAGCCAGGAAAGGGUGGUUUCUGGAAGAUUGAUCCGCAAUAUGCUGAACGUCUCCUGACUGGGGCUUAUAAGAAGCGAAAGAUUCCUCCAGUACAGAUUAACCCAGCUCUUAAAACUCAACUCAGAAUGAUGUCACAGCCAGUUAUGACUGUGCCAACAAAUAUCCCAGAUGUUCUCCAUGUUAAUGCUGAGUCACAACAGCUCUUAGAGGAAUUUGAGGAAGUCACUGGACUUGACCAGAACUGGGAUCCUCACCUAGCAGAAACCACUUCAUUUAAUUGCUGGAGUGCAGUAAAAGGCUGCAAAAGAAAACAGCCAUAUGACCACCAGGCUGGAGGUGCCAAAGCUCUGUGCUGCUCUAGCUCUCCACUGCUGGCCAUGGAGGAACCAAUGGGUCUUGGAUCCCUUAAGGGUAAUUUUGACUGGGAUGCUCUGCUAAAUUCAGCCCUGAAUGGGGAUUUGAGCCUGAAUGAGGGUGGUCCUCUGAGCCCAGUACCACAAGAUCAGGACAUCAUGGUACAUGGCAUUCAUGUUAGCUCCCCGGAGGCCUCUGUCAGUACUGCAGAGAGUAGCAUGCUAAUAGAAACACAAAAAUACAGUGAUGUAGACUUUGACAAGGAGACAUUUUUAGCCACAGAAUUUUUACAGAGUCCUUGGACAGAGGAAGAAGAGGAGAAUCAUCCUGAUUUUCUUUGUACUUCUACUAUUCACAUCAAUCAACUCUUUGAUCUGGGAGAUUCACUCAGUGACGAUAUUGACAGUAAAAUUGAAUCGCUUCUCUGA